AUGCGCGCUCAAGUGGAGGCUGCCCUAACUUCCCUUGAAGCCUCUUCUCGGGGUCGUAAAGGGACCGCAAUCUCCGCGGCAAGGGACUGCACAGCACUAACCAGUCAGCCCGUGCCCCCCCCACCUUUGUCGCUGCAUGCAGCAUCUUCUACAACCGAAAGUAAACUGCUCCACCAGCAAAAACACCUUCAUGCGGUGGGUGGGGGCCAUCGAAUUGGCGGCGUAGGGGGAGGAGAUAGGACGGAGGCUCCGCACGGGGGUGUGGACCCAACACCCAAGUGGCUGUCUCUUAUGAGGGACUGCACGCGUUUUCUGUGGUCUCUGAUUGCCGCCGCAACAUUGGCCGCUCCCCUCCCAGACUGGCCAGCCCCACGCAUUUGCAUGGGUGGCGGCAGCGUUUCCUGCGCUGAGGAUGGCGGCGACGCACCAGGAGACCAAGCUGCGGCGAGCGUCGCCGAUAGUUGUGAAGGCGCCGUGCUGCAUGCAAAUUGCAACGGAUGCCCGUCAGUGGAACAGGCAGCACCAUCUGUCACGCGUGGAGAACCAGAGGAGACAGGGCAUGUUGAACCUUUCUGGCCUCUGGAGACAGGCCCUGGGAAUCAGCAUCUGCUGCAGGCCGCACUAAAGGCAAGGCGUCAACUUUUCAAGUUGCGUCAAGGUGCUGAAAGCAGCAGCGGGAAAGAAGAGACGGGUGCAGGCGCUGGCGAGGAGGGAUGUCGAACGCAAACGCGGUCCUCUGUCGGCUUCGGAGAUGGGCUGCGUCAGGCACAUGCAGCUCGGCAUCUGCUGCUUGACCUCUUACAGGGGUUGCAGCGGAUAGCGCGGGCUUGGUUUGUCUUUGGCGAGGCUGCAUGGGUGUUUGAGGGGGCCCGAGACGGCUACGGCGAAAGCAUCAUGCGGUGUACUGUCACCCCGCCUUGGGCAUCCGACCUGCUGGAUGCGUCGAUUGCGUGUCUCUCAUGUCUCUGGGCAUUGGCGGCGUGUAGCCAGUCUCUUGGUUUGGUUGGGGAGGAGGAGGGUAAUGCGGAUACCUUAGGAACCUUUCAGAAACAACAGGCUGCGCUGGCUUCUGCUUGCUGUGUGGACAUCCUAAGGCUGUGCGCCUGGUCAGCGUCUCUGCAGGCCAAGACGUCCCCGGGCCGCACGCACGAGGAAGUCAUGUGCACGGAGUUGAAUGCAUGCGAAGAUCGGUGUCUUUCUCUUUGGGAAGCAGUGUAUGUUUUUAUUUGUGAGAGAGGGCUCCGGCCGUUGACGUGCCCUGAAAGGGCCCCUAGGCAUGUCUUUGGAGAUAGAGCAGGUAGGAGCCGCUGGGUGCGCCUCGCGUUGCUGCAGAUCCAACGCCUUUGUGGAACAAACAACGAACACCUGCAGCAGCUCAUUGCCGUUGCAGAAGGGCUGUGA